GCGACACUGCGAGCAAAGAUGGCGACGACGUCCGGAUGCGGUUGAAAGCUGCGAGUUGAUGAACCAUGAGAGAAGCACUUGUCACCAGGUGACAGCGUGGCAAGAUGAUUGGCCGACGUUGCGCCUUCUUUGCUUUGAGCAUCCUCCUAAUAUUAGUCCUCAGUGUGAACAUCUACUUCAUCCGGAUGAUUGUCGAGACUUCAUCCACCUCGCGAAGGAUCUACUCCAGAAAUUUACCUGAACCAAAAUCUGGACAAGACUCUUUUACAUCUUCAAGGUCUAAUGAAAAGAAUCUACAAGAUCGAUCUCAAUUGAGAUCGAUUGUAAAGGAUAUUAGUGAGAAGAUUAAGGAAGAGGUUCGCACACUACCUUCCAAAUAUUUUAAGCAAAAUAGCAGCUAUACGCUCAUUCUAGAACGGUUGCUGGCUGAGCUGAGGAUAAUGCCAAACGUUCGUGAGGAUAUCUGGAAUAUUCCCAAUAACAAUUGGCCAGAUGCACAUCAGCUGAUUCCACCAGCAGCUCCAGAAUUAGGGACUAUUCUGGAAGUCUUGCGAAAGUCUAAAGUAGUUCGUGCUGAUAAUGCUCCAUUGGGUACUCAGCUGAAACUCAUGCUUAAUCUGGAAAACGACAUAAAAGCAUUAUUUAAACCACAAUGGUAUUCCAGAGAUGCUAUCAUACAUGGACCGGUCUACCAAGGCAAGGACCGACAUAAUGCCGAAGUGGUGGCUUUUUAUUUAUCAUCUUUGCUAUCAUUGCGAAGAGUACCUCUCACCGUCAUACGAAAACUUGAUCUAGUAGAGGAAGUUCGCGAAAUUGCAACUCCAGGAUUAUACGCAACCAUGUAUCAAGAGGGUAAUGACACAUGCCUGUAUGGAGUUUGCCAUUAUUGUUCUCCGGCUGAUCCCGUUUGCGUCGGGGACAUACUCGAAGGUGCUCAUUUUUGGCUUCCACGAUAUCUAAGACUGAUCAAACACCGUCAUCCUUGGCAACGAACGUACAAAAAGAAUAAGCUCGCUGCAUGGGAAGUCGACGAGGCUUACUGUGAUAAGGUAAUGGAUUCUAAGACUUAUUCGCCACAAUCGUCUAGCAGGCUCUUGGACUUAAUCGAUACAGCUAUCUUUGACUUUCUCAUGGAUAAUGGCGAUCGUCACCAUUAUGAACUCGCACAAAAUAAUUUUCAUAAUCCCGCGGUGUUGCUAAUCGAUAAUGGAAAAAGCCUAGGCAAUCCCGACGUGGAUCAUCUCGAUAUUCUGGCGCCUCUCUAUCAAUGUUGCAUAAUUCAUAAAACUACAUGGGACAGAUUGCGACUAUUCAGUGGUGGAUCCUUAAGCAUUGCGUUGGGUAGACUAGUUGCACACGAAGCUGAAAUAUCGAAUGUCCUUCCAUUGAUCACAGAGGCGCAUUUAAGUGCCAUGGACAGAAGAUUACUUAUCAUCUACGCUGUGGUGGAGAACUGUCUGAAGAAAAAGAAAUAUGUUUCAAAUGUGAUCCUGGAUCAUCGGUAGCCCGAGGAUAAUUUUUUUUUUAGAACAAUGAAAAGAAUUUUUACAUAAAUGGAAAUGUUUCGUGAAAAAAAUCAAUAGAAGUGAGAGAGUGAAGUUGGUAGAGAAGAGAGAGAGAGAGAGAGAGAGAGAGAGAGAGAGAGAGAGAG